CCCCAGCCAACAACCCCUUGAAGACUAGAAAGAACAAAGGAGAGAGCCAUGGACAUGGGAGAGGAAUCAUCCUCUUCUUCGUCUUAUUCUUCUUCUUCAAAUAAUGCUUCUGUCAUAGACUCAUCCAACAUUGGUUUUAAGCUACUGAAGAAGCACGGUUGGAAAGAAGGUACCGGUCUUGGGGCUUCCGAGCAGGGUAGGUUGGAGCCUGUUCAAACAUAUUUAAAGAACAAUAAACAUGGCCUGGGAGCAGUGUCUAAUGAGAAAAAUGUCCUGAGUGUGUCAAUACAAUCUGCAUAUUGUGAAGUUUGCAAAAUCAAUUGCAACGCCAAGAGUGUACUGGACAAACAUAAGUUGGGAAAGAAACACAAGAAGAACCUUGAGAAAUUAAAUAAUGCUACUGCCUCUGCCCAAAGUUCUGCAGAAUCAGAUAAUCCUGCAAUUGGGUCACAAGAACCGCCUGAUAUCGGUGAUAAGGGCGAAGCUGUUGAUUUGCAAAAUAGUAGGAAGAAGGCAACAGAGCCUGUAGAGGAUUUGGAAACAAAGAGACGGAAGGUUCUUCAAGGUGGGGCGGCAGCCGAAGCAGUAAGGACAUGUGCAAUGUGUAAUGUUGUGUGUAAUAGUGAGGCGGUCUUUAAUUCUCAUCUUGCUGGACAAAAGCAUGCUGAUAUGAUGAAGAAACAUGCAGGUGAGGUUCUUCAAAGAGACGGUGAUAAGGGCGAAGCCGUUGAUUUGCAAAAUAGUAGGAAGAAGGCAGUAGAGCCUGUAGAGCCUGUAGAGGAUUUGGAAACAAAGAGACGGAAGGUUCUUCAAGGUGGGGCGGCAGCCGAAGCAGUAAGGACAUGUGCAAUGUGUAAUGUUGUGUGUAAUAGUGAGACGGUCUUUAAUUCUCAUCUUGCAGGACAAAAGCAUGCUGAUAUGAUGAAGAAACAUGCAGGUGAGAGAAUCGGCUUUUAACAUGUCGGAUGAGAAACGAGUUUUCGUAUCCGCGGCUAAAUACGUGUAGCACAUACUCAUUUUGCCCACUAGACAGUCAACGGACUUGGAAGACUUGGGAAUUCUCUUCAACCCAGUUUUCCCAUGCAACGGGAGAAUACGUACAUGGAAGCAAGCAGAUAGGAAAGCAAGAAAACUGCUCUUUUUAAAAUGCCUAUAGAUAUGGGAUGGAGAACAAAGGAAGCGGUUGGCUUGGACAAAGACAAAUAUUUGUACACUUAUUUGUCAAAGAAAGCUUCCUCAUUAUCUUUUAGGGAGCUUGGAAUGAAGCUCUUUUUUAGAACAUGAAAACAGAGGUGAACGGAGGAGCUAAAUCAAAGAUCCUCCCCUUUAGUUU